CACCUUUCCUUUCCCUACACAAGGCCAUGGAUGACAUUCGCAUUAACUUCCUCUGGUGGAAUAAACUCAACAGCUCUCAUCUGUAACUUUAAAACUACUGGUUCUUGUAUAAAAAUGCAACUCCUGGAACCCUUUAUUUUUUUGUCCACAACCCUCAUGGCUGUUCAUAAGACAACUCUCUGCCUCAUCCUACUAGCUGCUUGCCUGGCAGCAGCUACCGGCGGCAAGCUUUCACCAGAGUACUACUCGAGCACCUGCCCUGGGGCACCGGCCAUAGUCCAAGCUGGUGUCGUGGCAGCUUUGAAGAACGAAACCCGGAUGGGAGCAUCUCUCCUUCGUCUGCAUUUCCAUGACUGCUUUGUCAACGGUUGUGAUGCAUCGAUUCUGCUGGACGAUAACGCCACGUUCGUUGGUGAGAAAACUGCAUCUCCUAAUAACAAGUCUAUAAGAGGGUAUGAAGUGAUUGACAAGAUCAAGGGCCAAGUCGAGAAAGAGUGCCCUGGGGUUGUGUCAUGCGCUGAUAUACUUGCCUUGGCAGCCAGAGACUCUGUUGUCUACCUGGGAGGACCGUCAUGGGAAGUUAGCUUGGGAAGAAGGGAUUCCCUCAAUGCAAGCAAAGAAGCUGCCGAAGUAUCCCUUCCUGAACCAACCUUCAAUCUAAGUGAUCUAGCCGUUAACUUUUGGGCACAGGGUGUUUCUUUCAGGGACAUGGUUGCUCUUUCAGGUAAUCAAUCCUGUAUUCAAAUCAAUGAUGGGACUGAUUCUAUGUAUUAGAUUGUACCUUUGAUUUGUGCAGCAAACCUGCUCACUCACUGUCCUGUAGGUGCACACACAAUAGGAAUGGCGAGAUGCACAACGUUUCGAGACCACAUCUACAACGACUCCGACAUCGAACCUUCCUUCGCAAGGUCGCUGCAGCAGUUUUGUCCUCCCAGGGGACACGACGAUGUGCUUGCUCCUCUCGAUCUCCGAACUCCGGCCCAAUUUGACAAUUCCUACUACGUCAACUUGGUGAACUACAAGGGCCUCCUUCACUCGGAUCAGGAGCUCUUCCAUGGCGAUUCAGCGGAUCGUUCACUAGCGAGAACCUUGUACGAAAGCGAUCGACCUUCAGGAGGGUUCUUGAAUGGUGAUGAUGACUUGGAAGAAAUGGGUGGUGGCACAAUCAAGCCCUUCAUGGAUAACCCUGCAGCAGCCAUUGUAAGAAACUACGCGGACGAGCCUGCGGUGUUCUUGGAUGAUUUCGCUAAGGGUAUGAUCAAAAUGGGCGAGAUCAAGCCCCUCACUGGAAGCGCAGGAGAGAUCAGGAAAUUUUGUGGUAAAGUCAAUUGAGGAAAACAUGGUUUGUGCUCUUUUUUAGUGGUGAAGAACGCAAAAGAAUAAGAGGUCCCUUGAAAAUAAUCAUCAGAUAUGGUAGCUGGGUUGCCGAUAAUAAUGAUAAACUUUCAUGAACUAUGCUAUCAGCGAUGUGAUAGGUGUCACUUAUGGCGUACAAUUUAUAACAUGUUUGGAAUC